AUGACGUGGGAUGAGUGGGACAACAAUAUCCCAGAAGGUGACCAACCUGACCAAGAUUCCUAUCUCAACUUCGAUUUCUCUUCCCUGCUCUGCCCAAGCCCAGUGGUAUUUGUGGAUGCGUGUUGUCCUGAAAUUGUGAGUUGUGUUUCACAGGAUUAUUAUAAGAUUCUGGAAGUAGAUUAUGAUGCUACAGACGACGCUAUUCGCUCCAAUUACAUUCGUCUAGCUCUGAAAUGGCAUCCGGACAAGAAGAAAGGCCAAGAUGCCGCAACUUCCCGAUUCCAAGAGAUAAACGAGGCUUAUCAGGUCUUAAGCGAUCCCGCCAAAAGGAGAGAGUAUGACAAAAAUGGGAUGCUUUAUGUCUAUGAUUGCAAUCUCAUGGAUUAUCUUAAUCGUUACAAGAGCCUUAUAUUGACGUGUAAUGGCCUUGGGAUGAAGCAAUUCAUAUGGUAAGGCAAAUCAAUAGCAUGGAAAUCCUACCAUCGCAUCUGGGACAAAUUUUUUGUGGGUGUCUGUUUCUGCAAGCCAUGCUCAGGGAUGAAUGAGACAUGCUUAUGAUGUAGGAUGGCUUAUUUCAUGCUUCUGUAUAAAAGUAUAUAGGAAUUGGUUGCCACAUUUAAGGGUCACUCUCCCUGCGUCAAAUGGAUGUGUUUCUUUCUUGUGAUUUGUUUGUGAAUGGAUGUCUGGAUUCACGCAGCUUUUCUACCA